AUGAAGAUACUCGCAAUUAUCUUAACGUUAUGUGUUUUAUCAUCAACUGCCCUUCGAGCUAGCUCUAAACAAGAAAGUGUUGCUCAUGCUGAGCCUUCCCUUAAAGAUAUUAUUGAAAAAAUCAAGCUCAUAGCUACACAAACUGCACCUGAAAAUAUUCUAAUUUUGUAUAAAUAUAAUAAUAAAUAAAAAUAGUCACGUAUUUAUUAGAAAGAACUAUAUAAUUGAGCCAGUCCAAGGAGCUGAAGAAGAAAUUUCUCCAGACGCUUUGCCUUCUCCUUCCCUCCUUGGGGUUAACAGCUACGAGUUCUCUUAUGACGACUUUGAAGAUGAUGGAGAUGAGGAUUAUUAA